AUGUUGGCCGUACCCAGGACACGGUCCUUUAUACUGCUACUGUUCUUACCAAUCUUAAUACAAUCAGGACAGGAGGUGACGAUUGACAUACGAGACGUAGGACAAAAUCCAAUCCUGAUAUUCCAUCAGGGCGACGCACGAAUAAGACUAGACUACAAGUACUACAUUCAUCAUUUUAAUCUCACUAGUAUUAAAUCGCAAGUAAAAAGCCUCAGAUUACAGUUUGAAAAUUUUAGUAAUAAUCAGUUUACCGACUUGAUAAUUGAAAAAUUCAAUGAAAUAGAUUUUUGCUUCAGAAACAUAGACCCAAUAAGGCGACAUAAACGAUGGGAUAGUUUAGGCACAGGAUGGAAAUAUUUGGCUGGUACACCAGACGCAAACGACUUGAAAGUAAUUAAUUCUUCCAUUAAUAAUCUAAUUAUAAAUAAUAACGAACAGGUAAAAAUUAAUCGGGAACUGAAUUCCCAACUGAAAGAGGCCAUUUUCAAAACGAAAAAAGCAAUAAGUCUAUUCAAUGUAGGGUCAGUCGAAAUAUAUUGUACUAAAAUUUUGUUUCACCUGAACUAUUUGCUAGAAAAAUUGAAUCAAAUAUUAGAAACAAUCGUCUUAGCAAAGUUAGGGUUAGUAAACAUAAAAAUUUUAAGUCAAAGAGAGAUAGACAUUUUGAUUGCAGAUCUAGCUAGGGAGAAUAUAACAGUUCAUACUGCUAUGGAAGCAACGACCUAUGCGACGACAUCGGUUACAUCAAACAACUUGGACAUUGCUCUCAUCAUCAAAAUGCCUAAGCUCGAUUCAAGGAUUUUCAACAAAGUACGCUUGUUCCCCAUCAUACACGGCAGUAAACAGAUCCACAUCUCCAACGAAUUUUAUAUAACACACGAGGAAGAAAUUUAUGCAAUCAAGUCAGUAGAACCAGUUAUUUUUGGAAAACGAGAUAUUAUUUUGGAUAAUACAACAUGCAUACCACGACUACUAAGAGGGAAUUCUGCAACAUGCAAUUUCACUUCCAACCCGACUAAGAACCAAAUCAUCUAUCUAGAUGACCACCAUUUACUGAUAAAUUCAAAAUCAAGCUUUAAGCUGUCAUCCAAUUGCGGAAUAACGGAGAGAAAUCUAUCCGGUUCUUUCGUUAUUUCCUUCAACAACUGCUACGUAAAAAUAAACAACUUUCUAUACUCCAGUAGAAGUCAACAACUUCCAGGAAACCCAAUUCAUCUAACACUUGAUGGAAUUGCGGUCAAGAAACAUCAUGAGAUCUUGAACAUUACCUUGGAGCAUCUUCAUGAGCUACAUCUGGAAACAAGGAAGGAGUUGGACGUCAUCCGCUUAACAAGCAAUAGCAUCCAUUGGUCACCAUUGGCCAUCUUCGGAGGAAUCUCAUUCACUCCUCUCAUAAUUGGUUCUAUCAUUUUAAGCUAUUUCUUCUACAGAAAACGGACUGUCAAAGUAAACAUCAACAGCCAAUCACCAGGAAUCCCACUAACUACAACAACAGCUACAGCCAACAAAUUUCAAGAGGACAUCUUUAGGAACAUUUCUCCAGCAGAUAUGAUUCGGACGGAACCGAAUCUUAGGAAGGGGACGAGUUAG